AAAUAAUUUUGUCCCUUUAAAAUACCUUCCUCUCAUGGGCUGCCCAAAGAAAGAAAAAAAAAAAAAAAACAGCUAAAACCACAACCAAAACACACAAGUCUCGUUACAUAGUCAGAAGAAGGAGAGGAGCUCUCUUUAACUCUUCUUCUUCUUCGAAUCCGAAAGUUCACUCAAAACCGCCAAUGGAGGAAUCAAAUGAGCAGAAAGUCAAUCCAUAUCCAAAGAAAGCAUCGAUUCCGCCCUACAUGAAGGCGGUGUCGGGUUCGCUGGGCGGGAUCGUUGAGGCCAGUUGCUUGCAACCAAUUGAUGUUAUCAAGACCAGGUUGCAGCUUGAUCGGACUGGCACUUACAAGGGAAUUAUCCACUGCGGCACAACUGUCUCACGAACUGAAGGCGUGCGGGCUUUGUGGAAAGGUUUGACUCCUUUCGCUACCCACUUGACUUUGAAAUACGCGCUAAGAAUGGGAUCGAAUGCGGUGCUGCAGUCCGCGUUUAAGGACUCUGAGACCGGGAAACUUACCAAUCGUGGAAGAAUUCUCUCUGGGUUUGGUGCUGGAGUUCUUGAGGCCCUUGUUAUUGUUACGCCUUUUGAGGUGGUGAAAAUCAGACUACAGCAACAAAAAGGGUUGAGUCCUGAGCUCCUCAAGUACAAGGGUCCCAUACAUUGUGCUCGUAUGAUUGUCCGAGAAGAAGGCUUCCUUGGGCUCUGGGCAGGGGCUGCCCCAACUGUUAUGCGCAAUGGCACAAACCAGGCAGCCAUGUUUACUGCAAAAAAUGCUUUUGAUGUAUUACUGUGGAAGAAACAUGAAGGUGAUGGGAAAGUCCUCCAACCAUGGCAGUCCAUGAUAUCAGGAUUUCUAGCUGGAACAGCAGGUCCUGUUUGCACUGGACCGUUUGAUGUAGUCAAAACGAGGCUAAUGGCUCAGAGUAGAGAGGGGGGCAAUUUGAAGUACAAAGGCAUGAUCCACGCUAUCAGAACAAUAUAUGCUGAGGAAGGACUUCUUGCCUUGUGGAAAGGACUGUUGCCCCGGCUGAUGAGAAUCCCACCUGGCCAGGCUAUAAUGUGGGCUGUGGCUGACCAAAUUAUUGGUCUCUAUGAGAGAAGAUAUAUACACAACGCCUCCUUGUAGGUACUGUUUUAUGUUGUUUUGAUUGUUCUGGUCCCAGACCACCUAGUGAUUGACCUACUUAGACUUUGUGGGAUAGGUAAUAUGCUUCCAUUGAUUUGCUUGUUCUGGUUUUCAAGGCCAUUGCAAGAAUGCAAUAAUAAACUUCUUGUUGAGUUGGUUGUUUAGAAGACAUAAUGAAAUAUGAAAUGGAUGGGAAUGGUAACCCGAGGUUUCAUCCAAGCCUUUUCUUCAAAUUUGUCACAGUAAGAGGAUACGGUUGCGGCCUGCAGCUAAGGUUCUUUUAAUCUCGCCUUCUGCACCUUGUUGAUGGGGCAUGAUAUCAUGUUGUAAACAGCUUGUGUGGCGUCGCAGUCUUAGACAGGCACUCUAGUGUCAAGGCAUAAAAAGACUAAAAUUAAGUGUCCUAAUGCACUUUACAUAUAUGCCUCAUUGUUCUUCUGCCUUGAAUUCCUGUUGCUGUUAUCACUAGAUUUUUUG